CCGGGAUUUUUCGAGCACGUUGAAUGGACAAACGGCCGAUCGCCUUUGCCAGGCUCAGAACGCGAGCCCUUGACACUUUUGCCAUUAGAGGAGUUGCCAAUGUUGCUUCUGUGCUUGGUGCUAUUACGUGCGGUGUUGGAUUUCUUUCGAGACUCGGCGACACAGGAGCGGCAAGGGUGAGCAUGCCCGGAAUCGAUCGAGGUAGGCGCGUGCCCGUAGAGGUCGACCUAGCCAAGCCCAAUAUCAAGGUCUCUUCACGAGAGACAUGCGACGCCAGCAUUCUUAUGUGCCCGGUUGGCUUUGACCCGAAGAACACGGUGCCACCCACCUGCCUAUUAAGUGAGCGGCGCCAGGUAACGCAGAACAGUGCCGCGCACCCCAUCAAUUGCGCCAAAAAGUUGUCCACUGGUAGCCAGCCCCCAGCUCUGGACGGACGACAGAUCCGAAAUGUUCUUGUCAUGGGUGACACCAUGCUUGUCAAAUAAAUUAGCACCUGCUAGACCAACUUAACACCUGGGUGCCUCUCUGUCGCUACAUGGAUGCUGUCAGCGGGCUCGUGGAGUGUGCUUCGACGUUGGUUGGCACGGCCCUAGUUCUCGGAAGAUCAACGGCCAGGGGUUGUGACGCCCUUCUGCAACUUGGGUGGAAGAGAAGGUGGAGGGCCCAGGAAGAUAACGCCAAUCGGGGCGUCGCUUAAGGCGGG